AUGUCUGCGUUGGAUAACCCAUACCCCAUUGUCUCUGGGGAAGAUGGGCGAAAACGCGAAGAUGACCUCGCUCACAACGACCACAUUGAACGAGCAGAGACGACAGCAACAAAUGAUGACGCUGUUUUCUCCAAAUUUCCCAAGAUGGACAAGGUUGAUGAGUUUGGAGCUCACGCAAAGACCGACCCAAGAGAGAUUGCGUUGGUGAAGAAGCUGGAUAAAUACAUCAUCCCCAUGUUAUGGCUCAUGUACCUCUUCAAUUACCUUGACAGAAAUGCGAUUGUCAAUGCGCGCCUUAACAACCUGGAAGAAGACCUCGGUCUGGAAGGCACGCAGUACAACACCUGUGUUUCAAUUCUUUUUGUCGGGUACAUUGCCGGGCAAGUCCCAAGCAACAUGCUCAUCAACAGAGUCAAGCCGUCAUGGUACAUGGCCGGCUUUUGUCUCGCAUGGUCAAUCGUCAGUCUUGUGACGUUUCUGGCGAAAGACUAUGCGAGUAUGAUAGCGCUUCGCUUUUUUCUUGGAGUCACUGAAGCUCCCUUCUACCCAGGAGCUUUAUUCAUUCUCAGCAUGUUUUAUACCCGCAAGGAAUUGGCUGUACGACUAGCUAUCUUCUACACUGGAAAUAUGAUAGCUAGUUCGUUCGCCGGUCUUAUCGCAGCUGCUGUGUUUGCGGGUCUUGAUCAAACUCACGGUCUGGCUGGUUGGCAGUGGCUCUUUAUCAUUCAAGGUGCUCUUUCUAUUUGUACCGCCAUACUGGCAUUUAUCUUCUUACCUGACCAUCCUUUAACCACACGGUGGUUAUCCGAAGAGGAGCGACAAUUAGCUUACAACCGCAUCCACACUGAUACAACCGAUGUCCGCGAGAAAACAAGCGUAUGGGUCGGUCUUCGGGAAUCAGCCUCUGAUUGGCGAACAUGGGCACUAUGUCUCAUGUACAACCUCCAUCUGUCAUCUGUCGGCUUCCAAAACUUCCUCCCGUCUGUGAUGGAGACACUAGGCUACAACCGGACAAUCACCUUAGUCUUGACAUGUCCGCCUUAUCUCCUUGCCGCCGUUGUCGGCAUCGUCAUGGCAUGGACAUCGGGCCGAUGGAACGAGCGAACCAUGCACAUUACCAUCUGCAAGUGCAUCGUAAUGGUAGGGUUCAUCAUUGCGGUUUCAACACUUAAUCUUGGCGCUCGGAUGUUUAGCAUUUACCUUUUUGUUGGUUUCAGCUUCGGCAUCAACAAUAUUAUUCUAGCAUGGAUCAGUGCUACCGUGGGACAGACCAGUGAGAAAAAGGCUGUAUCGCUGGCGAUUUGCAACACGUUUGGAAAUCUUGCCCAUGUCUACACGGCUUAUUUGUGGCCCUCUUCACAUGAGCCUAGAUAUACUGUGGCUUGGGUCGCGAGUAUUGCUUUUUCGUUGGGUGUUGUGGUUAUUGCUUGGGGAUUGAAAGCUCACUUGAAGAAACAGAAUGAGAAGACAAGAAGGGAACAUCCAGAGGUUACCAACUUUUAUGUUUACUAA